CGUGAGUUUCCACAAGUGUUGAAUAAAACAAUAGAACUGAAAUGAGAGUUUAAUGUGUCUCUUUCACAGAGUGGAGCAGAUGGAUCCAGAGGUCUCCAGUGGUCAGCACCAUCACACACAGCUGGACUCCAUAUUUAAGCUUCUGGAGGAGGACAUCUUCACUUUUGUCCAGAAGGAGCUGAAGAAGCUCCACAAGGUUCUGAGUACAGAUUACCCAGAAUGCUUAGAGCCUGUGGAGGAUGAGGAUGAAGAGCAGAGGAGCAGCAGUGAGGCUGUUCUGAAGAUCACACUGAACCUCCUGAGGAGGAUGAAGCAGAAGGAGCUGGCUGAGCGUCUGUGGAGCAGGAGUUAUUCUGGAGUUUGCCAGCGUAAACUGAAGUCUAACCUGCAGCAUAAGUUUGAGUGUGUGUUUGAGGGCAUCGCUAAAGCAGGAAACCCCACCCUUCUGAAUGAGAUCUACACAGAGCUCUACAUCACAGAGGGAGGGCCUUCAGAGGUCAACCAGGAACAUGAGGUCAGACACAUGGAAACAGCCUCCAGGAAACCAGGCCCAGCAGAGACAACCAUCACAUGUGAAGACAUGUUUAAAGGCCCAGCUCACACACAUGGACCAAUCAGAACAGUGCUGACAAAGGGAGUGGCUGGCAUCGGGAAAACAGUGCUCACUCAGAAGUUCACUCUGGACUGGGCUGAAGGCAAAGCCAACCAGGACAUACAGCUGCUGUUCCCGUUCACUUUCAGAGCACUCAAUGUGCUGAAGGAGAGAAGCUUCAGCUUGGUGACACUUGUUCGUCACUUCUUUAGUCAAACACAAGCAGAACUCUGCAGCUUUGAAGACCUCCAGGUGCUCUUCAUCUUUGACGGUUUGGACGAGUGCAGACCUCCUCUGGACUUCACCAAAACCAAGGCCCUGACUGACCCCACAGAGUCGGCCUCAGUGCACGUGCUGCUGGUAAACCUCAUCAGGGGGAGCCUGCUUCCCUCCGCUCGCCUCUGGAUAACCACACGACCCGCGGCAGCCAAUCAGAUCCCUGCUGAGUGCAUCUCCAUGGUGACAGAGGUCAGAGGGUUCACCGACCCACAGAAGGAGCAGUACUUCAGGAAGAGGUUCAGAGACGAGGCCGACACAAUCAUCUCCCACAUCAAGACGUCCAGAAGCCUCCACAUCAUGUGCUACAUGCCGAUCUUCUGCUGGAUCGCUGCCACAGUCCUGGAACAUGUGUUGAAAAGCAGAGAGAGAGAGCUGCCCAAGACCCUGACUCAGAUGUACAUCCACUUCCUGGUGGUUCAGGCCAAAGUCAAGAACAUCAAGUAUGAGGGAAGAUCUGAGACAGACCCACACUGGAGUCCAGAGACCAGGGAGAUGGUGAAGUCUCUGGGAAAACUGGCCUUUGAGCAGCUGCAGAAAGGAAACCUGAUCUUCUACGAGAGUGACCUGAGGAAGUGUGGGCUGGACGCUGCAGCAGCCUCAGUGUACUCCGGAGUGUUCACACAGGUCUUUAGAGAGGAGACAGGCCUGUACCAGGAGAAGGUCUACUGCUUCAUCCAUCUGAGUGUGCAGGAGUUUCUGGCUGCUCUUCACGUCCAUCAGACCUUCAUCAACACUGGGAACACCCUGCUUUCAGAGAAAACACAGAAGUCUACAAAGUUUAGUGUUAAAAGAAAACUAAAGCAUCUUCACCAGACAGCUGUGGACCAGGCCUUAGAGAGUCCAAAUGGACACCUGGACCUGCUCCUCCGCUUCCUCCUGGGACUUUCACUGUCGACCAAUCAGAGCCUUCUACAAGGUCUGCUGACACAGACAGGAAGUAGCUCCCAGACCAAUCAGGAAACAGCUGAGUACAUCAAGAAUAAGUUGAGUGAGGAUGUGUCUGCAGAGAGGAGCAUCAACCUGCUCCACUGUCUGAAUGAACUGAAUGAUCGUUCUCUGGUGGAGCAGAUCCAACAGUACCUGAGGUCAGGACAUCUGUCUGAAGGUGGACUGUCUCCUGCUCAGUGGUCAGCUCUGGCCUUCAUCUUACUGUCAUCAGAAGAAGAUCUGGAGCAGUUUGAUCUGAAGAAAUACUCUGCUUCAGAGGAGGCUCUCCUGAGGCUGCUGCCAGUGGUCAAGGCCUCCAACAAAGCUCUGUGA